UAACAUUCUUCCUCCCCUAAAAAACCCACAAAAUUCACAACUUCCCCCCUUUUUUUUGAUUUUAUUUUUAAUUUUUUUGCAAGGCUGCGAAUUAUGUAGUAAACUGGGUAUUUAAGUCAAAAAAUAAUUAGCCCUUCCGGAGUGGAGUAAAUAGUCUGGGUUCAUUCGUACGCAAAGAUUUGGGUAAAGGAGCUCAGACACUAAACGAACUCAAUGGAGGAGGAGGAGGAGAAGCAAGAAAAGCACCAAGCCAAAUCAAUCCGUUGCAUCGUAAAACUGGGAGGUGCGGCAAUUACUUGCAAAAGUGAACUUGAGAAGAUAAAUGAAGAAAACCUUGAGAUUGUGUCAUCUCAGCUGAGGCAGGCAAUGAUGUUGGGGCAGUCUCCUUCUACGAAGGUUCUUGGGAUGGAUUGGAGCAAGAGACAUGGGAAAUCGGAGGUCUCAUGCAGUGUAGAUGAUUUUGGAAAUGAUGCAGUUGUAGAUUCCAGUCGUUUUAUUGUUGUUCAUGGAGCAGGUUCUUUUGGGCACUUUCAGGCUAGUAAAUCUGGGGUUCAUAAAGGAGGAUUGGACCAACCUCUUGUCAAGGCUGGUUUUGUUGCCACACGAAUAUCUGUUACGACUCUCAAUCUUGAAAUUGUUAGAGCACUAGCCAGAGAGGGUAUUGCUUCGGUUGGAAUGUCUCCAUUUUCUUGUGGAUGGUCAACCUGUGAGAGAAAUAUAGCCUCAGCUGAUUUGUCCAUAGUGGCUAAGGCUAUUGACUCUGGUUUCAUACCUGUUCUGCAUGGAGAUGCGGUGUUCGAUGGAUUACAGGGUUGCACCAUAUUGAGUGGAGAUGUUAUCAUACGUCAUCUUGCAGAGCAGUUAAAGCCUGAAUAUGUUGUCUUUCUUACAGAUGUUUUUGGGGUAUAUGACCGUCCACCAAUUGAACCUAAUGCUGUACUCUUAAGGGAGAUUGCUGUGCGGAAAGAUGGGAACUGGUCUGUUGUGAAACCAGUGCUUCAGAAUAAGAACAAAGUUGAAACAACUGUAGCAGCUCAUGAUACAACUGGGGGCAUGUUGACCAAAAUAACAGAAGCUGCAAUGAUUGCAAAACUUGGAAUUGAUGUCUACAUUGUGAAAGCAGCCACAAGCCACUCAUUAAUGGCCUUAAGUGGGGAACUGAGAAGCAACAUUCCUGAUGAUUGGCUUGGGACACUCAUCCGAUUCGUGAGCUAAUUCUGGCAACUAGAACUACAUUGUAUAAUGUUCUGACAAUAAAGGAGGUAUCGCCGCUGGACGUGCAUUAUCAGAAUAACCGGACCCACAAUCUGAUUGCUUUCGAAAUUAUUAGACGGAGAUGCUCACAAAUUCUUUUUUUGUUUUGAUUUCCAUCUUGUAACUCUCACUUUUUCUUUACCCCCGAUGUAUUUCAUGGUUCGAGCUUGGAAGAACCCAUUCCAGCUUUAUCAUCUUAUGGACCAGAAUAUUCACAUACAAGUCAAGGUUCUGGGUAGGUGUAUUUUGUUUUUGAUUUGGAAGUCUUCCGGUGACAAAAAGCUGAGUAGAUUUGAAUGUGA